CUUACGUGCGUGUAUUAAAUAAUAAAUUUAGUUCUAUUUUAAUAAAUAGCGUGUUCUAUAAACAUGGGGAACUGUUGGACGGGUUUAUUCCGUCGACGGAAUAUCCGUAGGCAUAUAGUUUUGAUACUGAUAGGGUUAGACAACGCGGGGAAGACAAAAACAGUGAACAAUUUGGCUGGUGAAAAAGAUGAUAAAGUUCUACCUACGGUUGGAUUUAAAGCGGUUAAUUUAGUGCAUAAAGACACGCCUGUGACCAUUUACGAUUUAGGCGGCGGGCCGCAUUUCCGACAAAUAUGGUCGCAAUAUUAUAGCGAAAUCCAUGGUGUCAUUUUCGUGAUAGAUUCAAGUGAUUUUUCCCGCUUGGAUGAGUGCAGGGCUGUUCUGGAAGAGGUAUUAUCUCACGACAAGAUAUCAGGCAAGCCAGUGCUUGUUUUGGCUAAUAAACAAGACAAGACAGGAGCACUGGAUGACAUAGAUGUUGUGGAGAAGUUAAAUAUUGAGCCACUAGUCAACAAAUACAGAUGUCCAACUCUAGUAGAAUCGUACAGCGCUUACGCCGACACGAAAACAAAAAAAAUAAAAAUCGACCCAGGCUUACGCAAGGGUUACCACUGGCUCCUCAACUAUAUAGUGCGUCGAUACGGCGACAUCAACCUACGCGUACAGACAGACAUACACGCAGAUUUAGAACGUCGGAAACGGUUGCUCAAUAAAAAUUCUAACAUGGCAUCCCAGACAUUUACGACAGUUAGCGAUGAUAUAGCAACUCAAACGGGCUUUGAAAACCCUAAUUAUAACGUCGUAGAUCGUGAAGAAGCAUUAGACAAAGGUGUAAUUAUUGUGAAACCUAUCACACACAAUCAUAACAGCGUGGACACAACUCUGACCGUUGAAAGUAUGGAAGAUUCAGACAAUACAAGUGUGAAGCCUAAACUUUCCCCCCUUUUCGGGAGGGCCAGCAAUAGUUCCGUAACGGAAACUGUCAGAAUAGAAUUGGAGCCGAGGAAUGAGUUUAGAAAAUUAUCGCCAAUUGUAAGGAACAGUGGUGCCAAUCAUAUAGAUUUUAAAAAUAGGCCCCAAUCAAGUCCAACCUUCAAGAAACGACAAAAGACUAAAUCUCUAAGCAACAAUUCGUCGAUCGAGGCAGACGGAAAAGUGAAUGCACCAGACGCUACCAUGUGCCUCGGCGACGGGAACCAAACCUGGGACGCCACGGAUAGCAAACACCGUGUUUUAGUCAACGAUUUUGAGCUAUCGCAGAUGCAGAGGGAAAUUGUGUUGACCGAACGAGACUAUGCAAGUAAGACAGCCUCGUCCGAGGUGACUCUGCAGGCGGCCACGUUGCCGCUCAGCAUACGGCCAGCCUCAGCAUCGCAGCUGGUGAGGAGACAACUGGAACUGUCGGCCCAGCAUAAACGUAGACUCAGCCUUAGAUAUAUGCAUCGCAACAAGACGAGUCCUGAGCGCGUGUCAAUGAUGGUAUUCGAACCCAAAGCCCCGCGUCGCCACGACAAGGGCGACUUCGACCAUGCUGCCGCCGCCAACUAGCACCAAACAGCCUUUAUAUCCUCGGAAGA